AUGGAAAGUGCAGAUACUGAGCUCAACAGCUUCAACAACAUGGUAGCGAAAGCAUAUCCGUUACGGAUUCUGAAUCACAACAACAACGAAGAAGGAAACACAGGAGUCGAGCCAUACGUGGGACUCGAAUUCGACACAGCAGAGGAAGCUCGCGAGUUCUACAACGCUUACGCGGUGAGAACCGGAUUCAAAGUAAGAACCGGUCAGUUAUACAGAUCAAGAACAGACGGUACGGUUUCUUCACGAAGAUUCGUUUGCUCCAAGGAAGGCUUUCAGCUGAAUUCGAGAACCGGCUGCACCGCGUUUAUCCGCGUGCAGAGACGGGACACAGGGAAAUGGGUGCUUGACCAGAUCCAGAAAGAGCAUAACCACGAGCUCGGAGGUGAAGUACACGUGGAGGAGACGACUCCACGUCCCUCGAGAGCUCCUGCUCCUACUAAGCUAGCUGUGACUGUUAAUCCUCAUAGACCGAAGAUGAAAGUUGUUGAUGAGUCUGAUAGAGGACACCGCUCCUGCCCAGCUGCUGCUUCUAAACGCUUCAAAAGCGGUGAAGGAGAAGAGAGCAUCGGCGACGAGCAGCCUAAGGCGGUUUCCGGUUCGGAGCCGUACGCAGGGUUGGAGUUUGGUUCGGCAACCGAAGCGUGCCAGUUUUACCAAGCCUACGCGGAGGUCGUUGGGUUUAGAGUUCGGAUCGGUCAGCUGUUCCGGUCGAAAGUCGACGGUUCGAUCACGUCGAGGCGGUUUGUCUGCUCGAGGGAAGGGUUUCAGCAUCCUUCUCGGAUGGGGUGUGGAGCUUACAUGAGGAUCAAAAGACAAGACGCAGGCGGCUGGAUCGUGGACCGGCUCAACAAAGACCAUAACCACGACGUCGAACCGGGGAAGAAGAACGACGACGGUUUGAAAAAGAUCACAUCAGACGACGUCACCGGAGGAGGAUUAGAUUCCGGCGACCUCAUCGAGCUAAACGACUUCGGCGGCAACGUCAAGAAGAAGACACGAAGAAACGGAAUCGAUAAAGAGUGGUAUCCUCUGCUUCUCGACUACUUCCAGUCGAAGCAAACAGAGGACAUGGGAUUCUUCUACGCCGUCGAGCUCGACGUCAGCAGCGGAAGCUGCAUGAGCGUUUUCUGGGCGGACAGCAGAUCGAGAUUCGCGUGCAGCCAGUUCGGAGACGCCGUCGUUUUCGACACUUCGUACAGAAAAGGAAACUACUCUGUUCCGUUCGCUACGUUCAUCGGGUUCAACCACCACAGGCAGCCUGUGCUUCUCGGCUGCGGCGUUCUCGCCGACGAGUCGAAAGAGUCGUUCUUGUGGCUGUUCCAAACGUGGCUCCGCGCCAUGUCCGGCCGCCGUCCUAAAUCCGUCGUGGCUGAUCAAGAUCCGCCGAUUCAGUACGCUCUGUCUCAAGUCUUCCCCGCGGCGCAUCAUCGUUACUCUGCUUGGCAGAUUCGGGAGAAAGAGCGGGAGAAUCUCCGGCCGUUUCCGAACGAGUUCAAGUACGAGUACGAGAAAUGUUUGUAUCAGACUCAGACGACGGUCGAGUUUGACUCGGUUUGGAUCGCUCUCAUCAACAAGUACGGUCUCAGAGACAACGUCUGGCUCAGAGAGAUCUACGAGCAGCGGGAGAACUGGGUUCCGGCGUAUCUAAGAGCGAGCUUCUUCGCCGGGAUCCCGAUAACCGGCACCGUGGAUCCCUUCUUCGGCGCUUCGCUCGACGCUUUGACUCCUCUCGGUGAGUUCAUUUCCCGGUACGAGCAAGGGCUAGAGCAGAGACGUGAGGAGGAGAGGAAAGAGGAUUUCAACUCUUACAACUUGCAGCCGUUUCUUCAGACGAAAGAGCCAGUUGAAGAACAGUGCAGGCGGCUCUACACGUUAACCGUCUUCAGAAUCUUCCAGAACGAGCUUGUUCAGUCUUACAACUACCUCUGCUUGAAGACGUACGAGGAAGGAGCGAUGAGUAGGUUCCUGGUGAGGAAAUGCGGGAACGAGAGCGAGAAGCACGCCGUGACUUUCAGCGCGACGAAUCUCAACUCGAGCUGUAGCUGUCAGAUGUUUGAGCACGAGGGUUUGCUCUGCAGGCAUAUCUUGAAAGUGUUUAAUCUGUUGGAUAUAAGAGAGCUUCCGUCUAGGUAUAUACUUCACCGGUGGACCAAGAACGCGGAGUUUGGGUUUGUGCGUGAUAUGGAAUCAGGCGUGAGCUCUCAGGAUCUUAAGGCGUUGAUGGUUUGGAGUCUUAGAGAGGCUGCUUCUAAAGAUGAAAUGUAUGUUUGGUUUACCGUUGAAGAAGAAGAUGAAGUCUUGUUCGCCAUUCUAAUCUUAACCGUGUUGAUAACUUCCGUCACUGCAAGAGGUCGCGGUGGAGUUGGGGUCAUGGUUGUUCCGGUGAUCGAUUGA